UCCCCCGAACCCCGCAGGGAAGCUGUUUCCUGUGGAAGGCCUGAGACCGGGUCAUUGGCAGCGUCCCCUCCCCCGACCCCGAUUUUUCCAGCAGGCGGCGACCGUGGUCACGCCGAGGGCUGCAGCGGCAAGAGCGGCGGCUCCGGUCCAGGCCGAGGCCGAGGUUGCGCCGCCUGUGGACUCGAACCCGGGCUGAGCCCAACGCUGGACCGUGUGAGGUCUCGUGGAACCGAGAUGACCCACUCUCUGGUUUGUCCAGAGACAACGUGCAGGGUGAGUUCGGUGCUGAAUCGCAACACCCGGCAGUUUGGAAAGAAGCAUCUGUUCGACCAGGACGAGGAGACGUGCUGGAAUUCGGACCAGGGCCCCUCCCAGUGGGUGAUACUGGAGUUUCCCCAGCGCAUCCGUGUCUCUGACCUGAAGAUCCAGUUCCAGGGGGGCUUCUCCAGUCGCCGGGGCUGCCUGGAAGGUUCACAGGGGAGUGAGGCUCUCCGCAAGAUUGUGGACUUCUACCCUGAGGACAACAACUUGCUUCAGACCUUCCCUGUGCCGGCUGCCGAGGUGGACCGGCUGAAGGUGACGUUUGAGGAUGCCAAUGACUUUUUUGGCCGCGUGGUCAUCUACCACCUGCGGGUGCUGGGGGAGAAGGUGUGAGACCUCUGGGUGGCCGCCUCAGAAGCACAGCAAAGUCCUUCAAGUUCUACAUGGAAGGUUUAUUGGUUCUUCUUGGGAAGGGUACCCCCCACCACCUGUCCAGGAGCUGCCUUUGAAGCCAGUUCUGGGUUCCCCCAGCUUUGGGCUGACCGUUUAGUUCCCUGAGUGUCUGAGUCCCCAGCAGGUGGCCUUUACUCAGGGUCGCUGGGCACCAGGUUGUUCUGGAAAAGUUUGAGGAUGUGGUUCUCGAUCACCUGUUGCACUGGAGAUGGGGCAGGGAGAAGGUGGGCCGUGAGCUUAAAUGGGGCCUGUGGAGCCAAGCUGCACCCUCCCUCUGGGACACAAACAGGGGUGUCCCAGCCCUGGGAUCUGGAGAGAAGAGCCACUUUAUAGAUAAGGGAAUCCACGCCCUUCCCAGAGUAAAGCUGGGAAGACCGAGACCCCAUCCCAGGAAAUUCAAUUUUCCAUAAGUUUGUAAAAAUGCAUUAUUUUGAGGCUUUUCAGAGUGAUAAAAAUAUUUCUUACUAAAUAAAAUUGGAAAAUUGUGACUUUUAUGAAAAGAUGCAA